UUGCCCAACUUUGCAACUUCCCCGCAAAAAAUAAAAGUUUGUUAACCUAACUAUCCUAAUUCCAAUCCGUAGCAUUUCCUAGGGAAAUUCCAUCUCUCUCUCCCUAUAGAUUACAGAUUAUAAAUUACAGAUUUCAUUGCAGUUUCCCUUUUACCUAAAAAGUUCGAUUUGCGAUUUCGUAUUUCCAGCAUCAAUUCAAGAUAUCACAAUAUAUUUGUUUCAGUAAUACUCAAGGCCUGCACAAAAUGGAUCAAAGUGUCAUCAAACCUCCAAUGUCAAUGCAAAUACCAAACCAAGCAAUACCCAAGAAGUUCCAUCAUAUGAGUCGCUGCUACCCAACACCUAAGAUAAGGUGUGAAAUUGCUCCAGAGAAAAGUGUGAAGUUGCAUGAAUCGGAGGAAAAUACAAAGAUGAAAGCAGGUUCAGGUCCUUACCCAGGAGGAAUGGGCCUAUAUACGGGAAGGGACCCAAAUGUGAAGAAACCAAAUUGGUUGAGGCAGAGAGCACCUCAGGGGAAGAAGUUUGAGGAGGUCAAGGACUCUCUUUCUCGCUUGAAUCUUCACACUGUUUGUGAAGAAGCCCAGUGCCCUAACAUUGGUGAGUGUUGGAAUGGGGGUGGGGAUGGUAUUGCAACUGCCACAAUCAUGGUUCUUGGUGAUACAUGCACUCGUGGUUGCAGAUUUUGUGCAGUUAAAACGAGUAGUAAUCCUGCACCACCUGAUCCUAUGGAACCAGAGAAUACAGCCAAUGCUGUUGUAAGUUGGGGUGUUGAUUACAUUGUUUUAACAAGUGUUGAUCGGGAUGAUUUGCCUGAUGGUGGAAGCGGCCAUUUUGCGCAAACAGUCAAAGCGAUGAAGAAACUCAAGCCUGAAAUCAUGGUUGAAUGUUUAACUUCUGAUUUUAGGGGAGAGUUGACGGCUGUAGAUACUCUCGUGCACUCAGGAUUAGAUGUUUUUGCUCACAACAUUGAAACUGUUAAGCGGCUUCAGCGAAUUGUAAGAGAUCCUCGUGCCGGGUAUGAACAGAGCUUGUCUGUACUGAAGCAUGCAAAAGUUAGCAAAGAAGGGAUGAUUACAAAAACUUCUAUCAUGCUAGGGCUUGGUGAAACUGAUGACGAAUUGAAGGAAACCAUGGCUGAUCUUCGGGCCAUUGAUGUUGAUAUUCUUACACUUGGACAGUAUUUACAGCCAACACCACUGCACCUCACAGUUAAAGAGUAUGUUACACCCGAGAAAUUUGCUUUCUGGAAGGAGUAUGGAGAAGCUAUAGGCUUUCGCUACGUUGCUAGUGGACCUCUUGUACGUUCAUCAUACCGAGCUGGAGAGCUCUUUGUUCAGAGCAUGGUCAAAGAUAGAGCUAGAGGCACUUCGAGCAUGAACUAACUUUUAUUUUAGAUAAUUAUUUUUUUUGAGAAUAUUUAUAGUACACCUGGGUGUAUCAUGCUCAUAGUACAUCCAAGACUAUUUUCUCCAAAUGAGCAAAAUGAGCAAAGGAGUAAAUGAGCAAAAUGAACAAAUGAGCGAAUGUUUUUACUCAUUUAAGAAAAUGAGCAAAUACUUUUAUUACAAAAUGAGCAAAAUAAGCAAAUGAGUAAAUGAGCAAAAUGUUCAUAUGAACAAA